GUUGCUUUCCUGUCAAAGCCUCAAGGCCUGGUUACUCCCAAGAAGAAAGGGAAUGGGAAUAAAAGAAGAAAAGGCAAAGGCCUGGGGAAGAAGAGAGACCCGUGCCUGCGGAAGUACAAGGAUUUCUGCAUUCACGGCGAAUGCAAAUACAUCCGAGAGCUGGGAGCUCCCUCCUGCAUAUGCCAGCCAGGAUAUCAUGGAGAGAGAUGCCAUGGCCUUUUGCUGCCUGUGGAGCACCCCCCCAGCGCCUACGACCACACCACGGCGCUGGCUGUUGUUGCUGUCGUCCUGUCCUCCCUGUGUCUCAUCAUCAUUGCAGCCCUGCUGAUGCUCAGGUGUCACAAGAGGGGUGUCUACGAUGUAGAAAGCGAAGAGAAGAUCAAGCUGGGCAUCACUGUGAAUCACUGAGGAUGCCACGUGCUGGCGAGG